AUGCGCAGAAGCGGCGCCACCGCCGCACACAAGCCACCACCGCCACCACAACCAGACCAAGGAGCCCGCAAGCUCCGCUGCCAUCACCCGCUACGUGGGGCUGACGAGCCGAGCCGCACCAUCGCUGCCUACCAAGCUCGCCGAGAAGAGUUCCGCGGGCCGAGCCAUCGGCCGCAGCACCGCGAGAUCCCCGGUCCAACCGCCAUGCCGCCCUCGCGGCCACAACGGCCGCCAAACCAGCCGGAGUACACACCGGGCCGCCACUCCGCAGACCACCUCUGCAGCAACGUCCCGCGCCGCUGCCCACCGGGCAGCACACCGCGCACCCCGGCCACCCCGCGCCGCACGCCGGCGCCCCAGCCAAGCCCGCACCGCACGCCGGCCGGGGCCGCGCUCGUCGCCGCUCGCCGCCCACGCGGCCCUAACGCCGCCGAAUCCGCCGGGCCGCCGCCACGGCCCGCCUCACCACCCGGAUCGGGGCGUGCUUGCCCGGAUCCGCCACCCCACGGUCCCCGAGCCGCCGCUCCGGCGUCCCUGCGCCGGCGAGCCGCCAUUCCCGCCCCGGCCAGAUCCGGCGGCCGCCCGCGGCACGGCGUGAAGAAGGAGCCACCCCCGGCACCAUUUGGCAGCGGGGGGCCACCGCCACCGCGGCGCGGAGGCCGGCAGCAGCGGCGGCGGAGGGUCGCCGGGGAGGAGGACGGGGGCGAUGCGGGAUUUUCACCCCCGGUGUCGCCUGGGGUGCGACACGGGGAGGUUCGCUUCGUCCGUGCGUAA